AUGCUGUCCUGCUUGCUCGUGGGGGCCAGCAACCUCCCCAGCGCGAAGAAGGACCGGCGCAGCGACCCGGUGGCCAGCCUGACUUUCCGAGGGGUGAAGAAGAGAACCAAGGUCAUCAAGAACAGCAUCAACCCCGUGUGGAAUGAGGGUUUUGAGUGGGACCUCAAGGGCAUCCCCCUGGAUCAGACUUCUGAACUUCAUGUGGUGGUCAAAGACCAUGAAACGAUGGGGAGGAACAGGUUCCUGGGAGAAGCCAAGGUCCCUCUCCGGGAGGUUCUUGCCACUCCCAGUCUGUCUGCCAGUUUCAAUGCCCCUCUGCUGGACACCAAGAAGCAGCCCACGGGGGCCUCGCUGGUCCUUCAAGUAUCCUACACACCGCUCCCUGGAGCUGUGCCCGUGUUCCCUCCCACCACUCCUCUGGAGCCCUCCCCAACACUGCCGGACGUGGAUAUGGUAGCUGGUGGGGGACAGAGCCGGGCCGAAACUUGGUCCCUGCUCAGUGACAGCACCGUGGACACGAGAUACUCCGGGAAGAAGUGGCCAGUCCCCACGGACACAGGCGGCGAGGAGGACGAGGAGAACCCAGAGUUCACGGGCGACGAGACAGAGCCGUUCCUGGACCAGAGCAGCACCCAAGGCCCGGGGGCGCCCACCACCCCCCAGAAGCCCCCUUCCCAUCCUCCCCCCUACCAGCUUGGGAGCAAAAAGAAGAGGAGCCCUACCCACAAGCUGCUGUCAAAUAAACCACAGGACUUCCAGAUCAGGGUCCAGGUGAUCAAGGGACGCCAGCUGCCAGGCAUCAACAUCAAACCCGUGGUCAAAGUCACUGCUGCCGGGCAGACCAAGCGGACGCGGAUCCAGAAGGGAAACAGCCCAGUAUUCAACGAGACUCUUUUCUUCAACCUGUUUGAGUCACCUGCCGAGCUGUUCGACGAGCCCAUCUUCAUCACGGUGGUGGAUUCCCGCUCCCUCAGGACAGACGCUCUCAUCGGGGAGUUCCGGAUGGACGUGGGCUCCAUUUACAGAGAACCUCGACACGCCUAUCUCAGGAAGUGGCUGCUGCUCUCCGACUCCAGCGAUUUCUCCGCCGGGGCCAGAGGCUACCUGAAGGCCAGCCUCUAUGUGCUGGGUCCCGGGGACGAAGCUCCGCUGGAGAGGAAAGACCCCUCGGAAGAUAAGGAGGACAUUGAAGGCAACCUGCUGAAGCCCACCGGGGUGGCCCUUCGAGGAGCUCACUUCUGUCUGAAGGUGUACAGGGCGGAGGAUUUACCUCAGAUGGACGAUGCAGUGGUGGACAGCGUGAAGCAGGUCUUCGGAUUUGACAGCAACAAGAAGAACCUGGUCGACCCCUUCGUGGAGGUCAGCUUUGCAGGGAAAAUGCUCUGCAGCAAGAUCCUGGAGAAGACAGCCAACCCACAGUGGCACCAGAGUGUCACGCUGCCUGCCAUGUUUCCCUCCAUGUGUGAAAAAAUGAAGAUUCGUGUCAUGGACUGGGACCGCCUCACCCAUAAUGACAUCGUGGCCACCACCUACCUCAGUAUGUCAGCAAUCUCUGCCCCUGGAGGAGAAAUAGAAGUCGAUGACCAUCUGGGCUUCCUCCCCACAUUCGGGCCCUGCUACGUCAACCUGUAUGGUAGUCCCCGUGAGUUCACCGGCUUCCCAGACCCUUACGUGGAGCUCAACAUGGCGAAGGGGGAAGGCGUGGCCUACCGAGGCCGCAUCCUCCUGGCCCUGGAGACCAAGCUGGUGGAGCACAGUGAGCAGAAGGUGGAGGACCUCCCUGCAGACGACAUUCUGCGAGUGGAGAAGUACCUCCGGAGACGCAAGUAUUCCCUGUUCGCCGCCUUCUACUCGGCCACCAUGCUGCAGGAUGUGGACGCUCCCAUCCAGUUCGAGGUCAGCAUCGGGAACUACGGAAACAAGUUCGACACCACCUGCCUGCCCCUGGUCUCCACCACCCAGUACAGCCGGUCCAUCUUCGAUGGCUGCCACUACUACUACCUGCCCUGGGGCAACAUGAAGCCUGUGGUGGUGCUGUCAUCCUACUGGGAGGACAUCAGCCACAGGGUCGAGACACAGAACCAGCUGCUCAGGACGGCCGACCGACUGGAAGAGGGCCUGAAGCAGGUCCACCUGGCCCUGAAGACCCAGGGCUCCUCAGAGGACGUGGACUCCCUGAUGACCCAGCUCUUGAAUGACCUCAUUGCUGACUGCAGCCAGCCUCUGAGUGAUGCCAACAACAUGCCCUCUGCCACCCACCUGGACCACUACCUGUAUCAGCUGCGCAGCCGCCACCUGAAGCAGAUGACAGAGGCGGCACAGGCCCUGAAGCUGUCCCCCACAUCGCUCCCCACUGCCCUGGAGCAGACUGAGGACUGGCUCCUGCGUCUCCGAGCCCUAGCCAGCGAGCCCCAGAACAGCCUGCCAGACAUCAUCAUCUGGAUGCUGCAGGGGGACAAGCGCGUGGCCUACCAGCGAGUGCCUGCCCACGAGGUCCUCUUCUCCCGCCGGGGCACCAGCUACUGCGGCAAGAACUGCGGAAAGCUGCAGACCAUAUUCCUCAAAUAUCCAAUGGAAGAGGUGCCCGGGGCCCGAAUGCCAGUGCAGAUCCGGGUCAAGCUCUGGUUCGGCCUGUCUGUGGAUGAGAAGGAGUUCAACCAGUUUGCUGAAGGGAAGCUGUCUGUCUUUGCGGAAACUUAUGAGAACCAGGUCAAGCUGGCCCUGGUUGGUAACUGGGGCACAACAGGCCUCACCUACCCCAAGUUUUCGGACAUCACGGGCAAGAUCCGGCUGCCCAAAGACAGCUUCCGCCCCUCGACAGGCUGGGCCUGGGCUGGAGACUGGUUCGUGUGUCCGGAGAAGACCUUGCUGCAUGACGCUGAUGCUGGGCACCUGAGCUUCGUGGAGGAGGUGUUUGAGAACCAGACGCGUCUCCCUGGGGGCCAGUGGAUCUACAUGAGUGACAACUACACAGAUGUGAAUGGGGAGAAGGUGCUACCCAAGGAUGUCAUCGAGUGUCCACUGGGCUGGAAUUGGGAGGACGAGGAAUGGUCCACGGACCUUAACCGUGCUGUGGAUGAGCAAGGCUGGGAGUAUGGCAUCACCAUCCCCCCUGACCGGAAGCCGAGGCACUGGGUCCCUGCAGAGAAGAUGUACUACACGCACCGCCGACGCCGCUGGGUCCGUCUGCGCCGGAGGGACCUCAGCCAGCUGGAAGCACUGAGGAAGCACCAGCUGGCAGAGGCGGAGGGCGAGGGCUGGGAGUACGCCUCGCUGUUCGGCUGGAAGUUCCACCUGGAAUACCGCAAGACGGAUGCCUUCCGCCGCCGGCGCUGGCGCCGCUGCAUGGAGCCGCUGGAGAAGACGGGGCCCGCGGCCGUGUUCGCCCUCGAGGGGGUUCUGGGUGGCAUGGUGGACGAAAAGAGUGAGGAUUCCUUGUACGUCUCGACCAUGAAAUUCGGCGUAAACAGGCCCACGAUCUUCUGCAUCUUUGACUAUGGGAACCGCUACCAUCUCCGCUGCUACAUGUACCAGGCCCGGGACCUGGCCGCGAUGGACAAGGACUCCUUUUCUGAUCCCUACGCCAUCGUCUCCUUCCUGCACCAGAGCCAGAAGACCGUGGUGGUGAAGAACACCCUGAACCCCACCUGGGACCAGACUCUCAUCUUCUACGAGCUGGAGAUCUUCGGCACGCUGGCCAGCAUUGCCGAGCAGCUUCCCAGCAUCGUGGUGGAGGUGUACGACCACGACACCUAUGGUGCAGAUGAGUUUCUGGGGCGCUGCAUUUGUCAGCCAAGUCUAGAGUGCAUGCCACGGCUGGCCUGGUUCCCAUUGACCCGGGGCAGCCAGCCGGCGGGCGAGCUGCUGGCCUCCUUCGAGCUCAUCCAGCGAGAGAAGCCGGCCAUCCACCAUAUUCCUGGGAGCGAGGUACGGGAUCCCUCUAAGAUGCUGGAAGAGGCUGAGGAUAUGGACCUGCCCUACCCACCACCCCAGAGGGAGGCCAACAUCUACGUGGUCCCCCAGAACAUCAAGCCAGCCCUGCAGCGGACUGCCAUUGAGAUCUUGGCCUGGGGCCUGCGGAACAUGAAGAGUUAUCAGCUGGCCAGUAUCUCAUCUCCCAGCCUAGUGGUGGAGUGUGGGGGUCAGACGGUGCAGUCCUGUGUCAUCAGAAACCUCAGGAAGAACCCCAACUUUGACUCCUGCACCCUCUUUAUGGAAGUGAUGCUGCCCAAGGAGGACCUCUACUGCCCUCCCAUCGUGGUCAAGGUCAUCGAUAACCGCCAGUUUGGCCGCAGGCCUGUGGUGGGCCAGUGCACCAUUCGCUCUCUGGAGAGUUUCCUGUGUGACCCCUAUUCCACGGAGAGUCCGUCCUCACAAGGUGGAAAGGAUGACGUGAGCUUACUCAGCCCUGCAGAAGACGUGCUCAUCGACAUUGAUGACAAGGAGCCGCUCAUUCCUGUCCAGCUUGCAGAUGGUCUGUCUGGCUCGGCCCCCAUUAACACGGCAUCUUCUCCCUGCGAUCCUCAUGAGGAAGAGUUCAUCGACUGGUGGAGCAAAUUCUUUGCCUCAAUAGGGGAGAGGGAGAAGUGUGGCUCCUACCUGGAGAAGGAUUUUGACACUCUGAAGGUCUACGACACAGAGCUGGAGAAGGUGGAAGCCUUUGAGGGCCUGUCUGAUUUUUGCAACACCUUCAAACUUUACCGUGGCAAGACCCAGGAGGGGAUGGAAGAUCCGUCUGUCAUCGGGGAAUUUAAGGGCCUCUUCAAAAUUUACCCCCUCCCAGAAGACCCAGCUGUCCCCAUGCCCCCGAGACAAUUCCAUCAGCUGGCUGCUCAGGGGCCCCAGGAGUGCCUGGUCCGCAUCUACAUUGUUCGAGCAUUUGGCCUGCAGCCCAAGGACCCCAAUGGGAAGUGUGAUCCGUAUAUCAAGAUCUCCAUGGGGAAGAAAUCCGUGAGUGACCAGGAGCACUACAUCCCCUGUACCCUGGAGCCAGUAUUUGGAAAAAUGUUCGAGCUGACCUGCACGCUUCCUCUGGAGAAGGACCUCAAGAUUAUGCUGUACGACUACGACCUCCUGUCCAAGGACGAGAAGAUUGGGGAGACCGUCAUUGACCUGGAGAACAGGCUGCUGUCCAAGUUUGGGGCUCGCUGCGGGCUCCCACAGUCCUACUGCACCUCCGGACCGAACCAGUGGCGAGACCAGCUCCGGCCCUCUCAGCUCCUGCACCUCUUCUGUCAGCAGCACAGACUCAAGCUGCCUGUGUACCAAGCAGACCGGGUGCUGUUUCAGGAUAAAGACUACAGCAUCGACGACAUCGAGGCCUCCCAGGUCCCCAACCCACACCUGGGCCCUGUGGAGGAGCGCUUGGCUCUGCACAUCCUUCAGCAGCAGGGUCUGGUCCCCGAGCAUGUGGAGUCGCGGCCCCUCUAUAGCCCCCUGCAGCCAGACAUCGAGCAGGGGAAGCUGCAGAUGUGGAUCGACCUGUUUCCGAAGGCCCUGGGGCAGCCGGGCCCUCCCUUCAACAUCACUCCCCGGAGGGCCAGAAGGUUCUUCCUGCGCUGUGUUAUCUGGAACACCAAAGACGUGAUCCUUGACGACCUCAGCAUCACCGGGGAGAAGAUGAGCGACAUCUAUGUGAAGGGGUGGAUGAUCGGCUUUGAAGAACUCAAGCAGAAGACAGACGUGCACUAUCGGUCUCUGGGCGGCGAAGGGAACUUUAACUGGAGGUUUGUUUUCCCCUUCGACUACCUGCCAGCGGAGCAAGUCUGCGCCGUGUCCAAGAAGGAUGCCUUCUGGAGACUGGACAAGACGGAGAGCAAAGUCCCAGCACGAGUGGUGUUCCAGGUGUGGGACAAUGACAAGUUCUCUUUCGAUGAUUUCCUGGGCUGCCUGCAGCUGGAUCUCAACCGCAUGCCCAAGCCCGCCAAGACUGCCGAGAAGUGCUCCUUAGACCAGCUGGACGACACUUUCCACCCCGAGCGCUUUGUGUCCCUUUUUGAACAGAAAACCGUAAAAGGCUGGUGGCCCUGCGUGGCCGAAGAGGGUGAGAAGCAGAUCCUGGCGGGAAAGCUGGAAAUGACCCUGGAGAUCGUAACGGAGAGUGAGCAUGAGGAACGGCCCGCUGGCCAGGGCCGCGAUGAACCCAACAUGAAUCCCAAGCUGGAGGACCCAAGGCGCCCUGACACCUCCUUCCUGUGGUUCACCUCCCCGUACAAGACCAUGAAGUUCAUCCUGUGGAGGCGCUUCCGCUGCACCAUCAUCCUCUUCAUCCUCCUCUUCAUCCUGCUGCUGUUCUUGGCAAUCUUCCUCUACGCCUUCCCGAACUAUGCCGCCAUGAAGCUGGUGAAGCCCUUCAGCUGA